UGAAAAUGUGUUUAUGUUUACAUUUUGGUGGCAGAUUAGAUGUCAAGUUCCUAGCAGAUGUUCUAUUUAAUUAGUGAUUGCUGUCGGAAAGGAAUGAGACGGUACAAAGAGUGGAAUUUUCCAUAGAAAAUGUCUGAAUACACAUCUUGGUCUUUGGACUCUGAGCAAGCUUUUGAAGUCUUAAAUUUAAAAAACAUAGCAACAUGGACUUGCUGCUUGGCAAUGAUGUUUGGAGGUGUGAUACCCUACAUACCACAAUAUAAAGAGAUAAAAAGAACUGAUAACUCUGAUGGAUUCUCUACUUAUGUAUGCCUUGUUUUACUUAUUGCAAAUACCCUAAGAAUAAUAUUCUGGUUUGGCCAUACUUACGAGCUUCCAUUACUAUGUCAGAGUAUUAUUAUGAAUAUUGCCAUGCUAGCAAUGAUGCAUCUGUGUGUUAAAACUAGAAACAAAGCACUCAUUAUUCCUUCCAAGUCAAGGCUUUUUUCAGAUUUCGAUGCACAUUACUUUUGGGAGUGGACAGACUUUUUAAGCUACUUGGAAUUUAUGGCCACUUUUACUGCUGUGAUAGGCAUAUUCAUGUACUUGUGCUUAGAAAUUGUUCUAAUUGUAGAGAGCAUUGGAUUUUUUGCUGUAUUUAUUGAAGCUCUUUUAGGAACGCCACAAUUUUACCGAAAUCUUAAGAAGAAAUCAACUCUUGGAAUGAGCAAGAAAAUGGUGUUCCUGUGGACAUUUGGAGAUGUUUUUAAAACUGUGUACUUUGUUGUACGUGAAGCACCUAUCCAAUUCUGGAUCUGUGGUAUUUUACAAGUGAUUAUAGACUUCUGCAUUUUGCUGCAAGUACUUCUCUAUCGAACUUCUCCUAGUCCUGUCAUUCAGACUGUCAAACUACUUCUGAAAGAAGAGUCCCAUACGAAUUGAAAGUGCAAUAUACCCUGUGACUUACCAAAGAAAAAGUGUUUUACUUUUAUAUGUUUUUUGUGCAUUAUUUAUGACAUUUGCUUGAUGCAAUUUCAA